AACUGGAUUUCUUCUCUGAUUACGUUUGUCUAUCAUGAUCAUGAUUUUCAAUAAUAGAUGGCACCAGAAUGAUAAAAUGUUCCAACAUGUGUUGAAUAUUUACGAUUGAAAUUUAACAUGAUCAAAACAAAUUCUGAUUCGAGGUUAACGAAUACAAUAUGUCGGACAAUCCGAAUAAAGACAUUUGUGAUAUGUUGAUCAAAUUGGGUGAACAUGAACGCGAUGUCAAUGGUAUCAUUUAUAAAUAUCAUGCCUAUAGAAAAGCGGCAAAAGCUUUGGAAACAUAUGGCAAACGAGUGAAAUCUGGUGCUGAAGCUCAAAAACUUUCCGGUAUCGGACCAAAGAUUGCCGCCAAAAUAAAUGAUUUUCUUCAAAAUGGUUGUGAUGACAUUGUUCAAGAUUCAUCAUCAAAAGAAAUAGAUCAAUCAACAUCGCCAAAAUUGAAAAGCAAAUCUAAAAAAGAAGUUCAAAAUAGUACAUCCAAUCAUUCUAAGAGUGAAGAAGCCAGUUCUACUACGGAUGACCUUAUAGAAGAGAAAUUUGAUAAAAUCUAUGGAAUGACAAAAAUUGAUAUUAUGCGUUUGAAAAUCAAAGGUAUUAAAACGAUUGGUGAUCUAAGAAAUAAUAUUAAUAUAGCUGAAUUGAAUGAAGCGCAACAAAUAUGCUUGGAACAUUAUGAUGAUCUACGUUUAAAGAUAUCGCGUAAAGAAAUUAUAAAAUUUGAAAAAUUGAUUUCGAAAACAUUGAAUAAAUUAUCAAGCGUAGAUGUAGAGAUUGAAAUUUGUGGUCAAUUCAGAAGAAGGAUUGAAGAAUGUGAUAAAAUUGAUUUAUUGGUUAUUGAUUUGAAAACCAAAUCAACAGAUUCUGAUGCUGAACAUAAAUUGAAAAAAAACAUGAAAAUUAUACAUAAAGCUCUUUUUGCUGAACAAAUCCUCCUGAAACGUCUAGACUUAGAUGGUUGUCAUUUUGUCGGUAUUGGAAAAUUAGAACAAUCAAGACCUUAUCGGCUAAUAAAUUUGCAUUUUGUUCCAAAAGAUCAAUACAUUUGUGCUCUAUUUCAUCUAACUGGAAGUGAACAAUUCCUGGAACGGAUACAUUUACAUUGCAUUGAUCGAUUCAUUUUAUCAUCGCGUACACUUCGUCGUAUUGGCCAAGCAUUAGUACCUGGAUUUCCUAUCAAAAUCAAAAAAUGGUCGAUUCGUGCUUCACCAAAAGCAUUAGCUACAAUCAAUCCAAUACGAAAGAUUGUAGAAACAAUGAACUUGACUCCUAAUCGCGAAAAACCAUUUAUUCCGCUAUCAAUUGGUAAUGAACUUAUAGGUGAUCCAACAUUGUUCGGAAAUUUUAAACCAUGUGACGAGAUACUUGAUGCAAUGUUAACUACGGUCAAUUCCUCGAAAUUUAAUGGAUAUCAGCCAGCAUCUGGCAAUGAAGAAGCUCGCAAAGCUGUUGCUGAAUAUUGUUCAUCAUAUGGAAUGAAUGUUGAAGCCAAGGAUAUUGUUCUAUCAUCCGGUUGUUCACAUGCAUUAGAUAUGGCUAUGGCUAUAUUAGCUACACCUGGUUGUAAUAUGUUGGUACCAAGACCUGGUUUUCCACUUUAUAAAACAUUAUCAGCCACGAUUGGUGUACAGAUUAAAUAUUAUAAUCUUUUGCCAGAACGUAAUUGGCAAAUUGAUAUCGAUGAUUUAGAAUCGAAAAUCGAUGAAAAUACGGUGGCAAUUAUCUAUAAUAAUCCUUCGAAUCCGUGUGGUUCAGUUUUUCCGGAAAAUCAUAUCCGACAACUAUUGAAUGUAGCUGAACGACAUCACAUUCCGAUAAUUGCCGAUGAGAUAUAUGAAAACAUAGUAUUUCCAGGCCAUGAAUUUCAUGCUAUAGCAUCAUUAACCGAUGAAGUACCGGUUUUUCAUUGUAGUGGAACAACAAAAAAAUUUCUUAUACCAGGAUGGCGUUUAGGAUGGAUUGCAAUCAAUGAUAAAAAAGAUCGAUUCGGAAUAGAUAUUCGUACGGGACUUAAUUCUUUAUCACAAAGAAUAAUCGGUCCAAAUUCUUUAAUACAAGGUGCUAUCGGUCGAAUUUUAACUAAAACGCCAAAAUCAUUUUUCGAUGAAAUUAUCACCAAUGUUCAUGUAAUUUUGAUUGUUGAUUUGAGAAAAAUUCCUAUUUUUUUUACUAUCCUCUAACAGCGUAAUGCUGAUCAUGCAUUCAAUCGAUUACGUACAAUGAAAGGACUGAAACCAAUUCAACCCGCAGGUGCAUUCUAUAUUAUGGUUCAUAUCGAAAUGAAAAAUUUUCCAGCAUUUCAUCAUGAUUUACAUUUGGUCGAAACUUUAGUUUCUGAAGAAUCGGUUUUCUGUUUACCUGGUGCUUGUUUCGAAUAUCCCGGUUAUGUGCGACUUGUAUUGGCUAUUGAUUAUGAAAUGUUGGAUGAAGCUAUGGAUAGAAUUGAAUCAUUUACGAAUAGAUAUUUUGUUAAUGAUCAAAUCACAGAUGAAUCAAAUGAUUUAGACAUUCAAAUGAAUUGAAAUUUUCAAUCAUUCCGUUUUUUGUUAAAGAUUAUUUUUUCAUUUUUUCAAAUCAAUUAU